AUGGACCCAAGUUAUAGCUCCAGUCUGUACUUUGGAAGCUGUACAGGCUGCAGUAAAGCGGUGUACGGCGAGGGCAGAGCCUGCCGGGCGAUGGGACAUUUAUUCCACAACGCCUGUUUCACCUGCAGCGUCUGCAGUGAAAAGCUCAGCGGGAAGCCUUUUUAUACAGCGUCAGGAAAAAUCUACUGUGAGAAUGAUUUUCUGUACUCAAGAGUUCAUCCAUCCCCGGAAGUGUGUAACAGCUGUGGAUAUUUAAUCAUGGACACGGUCCUCCAAGCUCGUGGGAAGUCUUACCACCCGUCCUGUUUCCGCUGUGUGGUCUGCAGACGGAGUCUGGAGGGUCAGCCUUUCUCUGUGGACGCAGACAGCAGAGUUUACUGUGUCAGCGACUACUACAGGGUCCGAGCUCCUCUGUGUGCUGCAUGCAGGGGGCCAAUACUGCCAGCCGAGGGAUCUACAGAGUCUGUUCGAGUGGUAUCAUAUGACAGAAACUACCAUGUGGAGUGCUACAGUGGUGAGGUUGACCUCAUCUGA